AUGGAUGUUAAACCUAGUGAAGAAGUUAUUGAAAUAUCGAAUAAACCAAUCGAAUCUCAAGAUGGACUUCCGAAAGAAAACCCAUGUUCGGGAGAGGAAAAAGAAAAAGUAUCAGUUCAAACUGAAACAGAUGAAACAAUAGAAAAACCUGUUUCUCCUUCGAAAGAUAAUGAAUCUCAAAAACCUGUUGAAAAUGAAAAACCUGAAAUUGAAAUUGUUCCUUUACCACCUCCCUUGCCACAACUUGAACAUAAAAGAAGAAUAAUUGUUAAACAUAGUAUAUUAGGCAACAAAAUACCUAGUCAUGAUCCAAACGUCCUUGUUGAAAGUAUUACAUUUACAUCGAUGGGAAAAAUUCAACCUUUUUUAAUAACAUUAUCAACAAAUGCUGCUCUCGUAAUGGAUUAUCAUUCUCAUUUAACUAGUUCGGAAGUAGUCGGUUAUUUAGCUGGAACUUGGGAUGUCAAUACUCAUAAUUUAAGUAUUACUCUAGCCUUACCUUGUAAGUGUAGACUAAGUGAUUAUGAAUCUUCUCCGAAUGUUGAAGCUGACAUUCGAAAUACAAUUUCAUCGAAUGGAUUGACUUUAAUCGGAUGGUAUCAUUCUCAUCCUACAGCUCCUCCCACUCCGAGUAUUCGAGAUAUAGAAAUGCAAUUAGAUUUUGAACUUAAAAUGAAAGGAGUUAAUGAUUCUAAUUAUUUGCCAUGCAUCGGUUUUAUAUGUUCUCCAUAUAAUUUUGACAAUCCAUCCUUUGAAUCGAAUAUUGUUAGUUAUUGGGUGGUACCUCCUCCAGAAAAUAAAAUACACGAAUAUGGGAAGCCUAUGAUGAUGAGCUACACACUUGUACAGGAUCAGUCAAUUUCUCAUGAUGUUUUAUUAGAGAUGAAAAAGUGUGCAGAUUUUUAUAAGCCGGAAACGGAUUACAUAAGGUUUCCUGAAAUUUUCAAAGGACCAGUGAAAUUUAUAGAAAAGCUGAGAAUGUCAUUAACUCAAAAAUUUCCUUUAAAUCAUUCAAAAAGUGAAACUCUUUGGAAAUAUAUUCAGGACAUCACGGAAGUAUCAACAAAUAAGUCCGAGACUGAAAUACUUAAACAAAUAGUGGAUAUUUCCAGUCACCCAAGCGUGGUUGUACCACAACCACCGCCGCCACCACCUGCACCUGCACCCGUACCAGAAAAACCCAAAUAUAACAUUCCCAACGUUCCUUCUCCUAUUACCUCAUUGAAUUUAAAAUCCGGGACUAACUCGAUUCCUAGCGUAACUCCUUAUAACAAAUCACGUUCGAAAACAAAAUCGAGUGGGAAAAGAUCGAAUUCUAGUAGUAGAGAUUCUAGUAAAAACUUAGCUAGUCUGAAUAAUUAUUUCGUCGGAUCAGAUCUCGCAGCUUUAUUCGGUUCGGCAAAAUAUCCAGGGAUAAGUUUAGAUCCGGCUACGAAAUCUUUGUUGAACUUGAAUAGUUUUUCACUUGGUGGUAUGUUUCUUCCGCCCAUGGCGGCAGCGGCCGCGGCUGCCGCAGCCGCUUCUUACAAACCGGAUCCAAGCGUGGGUUUGAUGAAACCUCCUCCUCCUCCUCCCUCUUCCAAUUCGUAUUUUAAUUACACGCAACCGCGAACCACUUCCGGAUCCAGGAGCGGAUCUUCCUCUACUCGGAAUACAAAUAAAAGCAUUCCAUCGACGAGUAGGGAUGUUCAUUCACCAUCAAACAAAGUGCCAAAAUUAGAUGCUCAUCAAAUGGCAAAUUUUUUCAUUCCAACUUCUUUAAUUUAUAAGGUCGUUGAUAACAAAAAAGAAAAAAAAAACAUUUUCUAUACGCUUUCAAUAUUUUAUUACUGA